UCCAGAGAUGAGAGAUGAUGUGAGGAUUGUGCUGCUGGGUAAAACUGGAGUAGGGAAGAGUGCCACAGGAAACACAAUCUUAAACAGACAAGCGUUUAUAUCUGAAGAAUCUUUUGAAUCCGUGACCAGCGAAUGUCAGAAACAAACAGCUGAAGUCAACAACAGAUUGAUCACUGUGAUCGACACUCCAGGACUGUUUGAUACUGAACGCAGUCAGGAAGACAUCAAGAAAGAAAUGAUGAACUGUAUCUCAAUGAUUUUGCCAGGACCUCAUGUGUUUCUCUUACUGGUUUCACUGGGACGAUUUACACAAGAGGAGUCAACAUCAGUGAAGAUCAUUCAAGAGAUGUUUGGUGAAAACUCUUUAAUGUACACAAUGGUGCUCUUCACCAAAGGAGAUCAACUGAGAAACAAAACUAUUGAAGAGUGUUUGAGAAAACCUGGAUCUAGGAUGAGAAACCUGCUAGAAGAGUGUGGAAACAGAUAUCAUGUGUUCAAUAAUAAUCUGACUGAAGAUCAAACACAAGUUUCUCUUCUACUGGAGAAAAUAGAUGACAUGGUGAAAGCAAACGGAGGAAGUUACUUCUCAUCUAAGAUAUUCAGAGAGAUGCAACAAGAAAAAUAUGGACAACAAAUGAAGAAACUGAUGGAGAGAAUUGAACAACUGAGCCGAGAGAAAGAUGAAGAGAAAGAGAGAAUGACGAUGAUGAUGGAGGAAGAACGACAGAGACAUGAAAGAGAGAAGAAGAAAAUAGAAGAUGAAUACAAAAACAGAAAAGAGGGAGAUAAGAGAGAAAUGAAGGAGAAAGAGAGACAGAUAAGAGAUGAGAUGAAAAAAGAACGAGAGACAUUAAAAAAUGAAAGAGAUGAACUGAAGAAAGAAAAUAAAAAUCUCCAGAUGAAAUAUGAGACACAAACAGACAAACUGAUGAAUUUAUUAGAGAAUAAUGAGACAGAGAGAAAAAAAAGAGAAGAUGAGUUUAGAGAAAAAGAAAAGAUAUAUCAAAGAGAAAUAGAGAGAUUAACAAAACACAUAGAGAAAGAAAAACUAAAUCAAGACAAAGAGAAGAAGAAAAGAGAAGAAGAAAUCCGAGAGAAAGAAGAACAAUACAAGACAAAAAUUAAAGCGAAAGAUGAGAAAGAGAAACAGAUGAAAGACGAGAUGAUAAGAGAACGAGAGACAUUUAAAAUUGCAACCGAGGAAGUGAAGAAAGAAAAUAAAGAUCUCCUGAUCAAAUAUGAGACACAAACAGACAAACUGAUGAAUACAACAGAGAAUCAUGAGAGAGAGAGAAAGAGAAGAGAAGACGAGUUUAGAGAGAAAGAAGAGAGAUAUAAAACAGAAAUAAAAGUGAAAGAGGAGAAAGAGAGACAGAUGAGAGAUGAGAUAAAAAAAGAACAAGAAACAUUAAAAAAUGAAAGAGAUGAACUGAAGAAAGAAAAUAAAGAUCUCCUGAUAAAAUAUAAGACACAAACAGACCAACUGAUGAAUACAAUAGAGAAUCAUGAGAGAGAGAGAAAGAGAAGAGAAGAUGAGUUUAGAGAGAAAGAAGAAAGAUAUAACAGAGAAAUCAAACAGAAAGAGGAGAAAGAGAAAUUUGUGUGUGAGGAGAUGAGAAGAGAACGAGAAGAAUAUGAGAAACGGAGACAUGAAGACAAACAGAGAAGAGAAGAAAAUGAGAAAGAGAAACAGAUUUGUGUGGAACAGUGUGAAAGACUCAAAAGUGAAAUGAUUGAAAUAUUAAAAGAGAAAAAGAGACUAGAAGGAGAGAAAGAAGAUCAACUUGAAGAGUUUGAGAAGAGAAUACAGGAGGAGAGAAACAUGAGAGAAGAGCAAGAAAAGAUCUCUGAAGAUAAACUGAAACUCAUGAAAGAAGAGAAUGAAGAAGAACUAAAGAGAAGAACAACAGAGAUGAUGGAGAAACAUGAAAGAGAGAAAAAAGAUCAACUAGAAGAGUUUGAGAAGAAAAUACAGGAGGAGAGAAACAUGAGAGAAGAGCAAGAAAAGAUCUCUGAAGAUAAACUGAAACUCAUGAAAGAAGAGAAUGAAGAAGAACUAAAGAGAAGAACAACAGAGAUGAUGGAGAAACAUGAAAGAGAGAAAAAAGAUCAACUAGAAGAGUUUGAGAAGAAAAUACAGGAGGAGAGAAACAUGAGAGAAGAGCAAGAAAAGAUCUCUGAAGAUAAACUGAAACUCAUGAAAGAAGAGAAUGAAGAAGAACUAAAGAGAAGAACAACAGAGAUGAUGGAGAAACAUGAAAGAGAGAAAAAAGAUCAACUAGAAGAGUUUGAGAAGAAAAUACAGGAGGAGAGAAACAUGAGAGAAGAGCAAGAAAAGAUCUCUGAAGCAAAACUGAAACUCAUGAAAGAAGAGAAUGAAGAAGAACUAAAGAGAAGAACAACAGAGAUGAUGGAGAAACAUGAAAGAGAGAAAAAAGAUCAACUAGAAGAGUUUGAGAAGAAAAUACAGGAGGAGAGAAACAUGAGAGAAGAGCAAGAAAAGAUCUCUGAAGAUAAACUGAAACUCAUGAAAGAAGAGAAUGAAGAUGAACUGAAGAGAAGAACAACAGAGAUGAUGGAGAAACAUGAAAGAGAGAAAAAAGAUCAACUAGAAGAGUUUGAGAAGAAAAUACAGGAGGAGAGAAACAUGAGAGAAGAGCAAGAAAAGAUCACAUAUUACAAAGAUGAUGAAAAACCCAAAGAGAUCCACAGAACAAAUACAUCUGGAGGAGGUUUAAUAUCAUCAAAUCUGAAUGUGGUGUUGUGUGGAUCUGAUGCAAGACUUAAAGUCACAGUUUCUACACUUCUAAGAGGAAAAAAACCAUCACAUCAGAAAGAGUUUAGCUCAGAGUGUGUAAAGAGAGAAGCAACAAUUCAUGGACAUCAGAUCUCUGUUAUUGAACUUCCAUCACUGACUCGACUCUCAGAAGAUGAAGUGAGGCAUCAAACUCUCAACUGUGUGUCUCUCUGUAAUCCUGGAGUUCACAUGUUUGUCCUCAUUGUUCCUGUUGGUCCAUUGACUGAUAAAGACAAAGAAGAAAUGCAGAUGAUCCAGAAGAUGUUUUACUCCAGUGAGCAUUUCAGGGUGAUUUUCACAACUGAUGGCACUGUUGACAAACCUCUGACAGAUUUUGUACAAUCAUAUUCUGAAUUUAGGAGUCUGAUCAAUCUCUGUGAAGGAUGCUACCGGGUGUUGGGAUUGAAAGAAUAUGAACAAUUUAAACAAACACCAAUGGAUUAUAUAAAAGACAUAAAGACUGAACCCUAUUCACUUCAGAUGUAUGUGAAAUAUCAGGAGAAGAGAGGGAGAGAUGAAACUGGAGAGGAAUUUAAUAAAGAACUGAGUGAAAUAAAGAGAAAAAACAAAGAGUUACAGCAAAAGAUCAACUCGUAUGGUGUUGAAGAAGAAGAGGAAGAUUUGAAGCAUUUAAGGAUUCUGUUGAUUGGGAAGACAGGAAGUGGAAAGAGUGCAACAGGAAACACAAUACUGGGAAGAAAACUAUUUCAAAGCAAAUUACGGUCCGAUUCAGUGACGACUGUUUGUGAGAAAGGAGUUUGUGAGGUUGAUGGUCGAUCAGUCGCUGUUGUUGAUACUCCAGGUCUGUUUGACACAACAAUGCCAAAUGAAACAAUACAAGAAGAAAUCAUGAAAUGUGUUUCACUGUCAUCACCUGGACCUCACGCCUUCAUCAUUGUGUUGAGUUUGGGUAGAUUCACUCAGGAGGAGUCAGACACUAUAAAUCUGAUAAAGAUGAUAUUUGGUCCUAAAGCUGCACAGUUUAGCAUCGUUCUGUUCACAAGAGGAGAUGAUCUUAAGAAAAAAUCUCUAGAAGACUACAUGAAAGGAAUUGACUCGGCUGGACUGAAUAAACUGCUCAGAGACUGUGGAAACAGAUAUCUGGCCUUUAAUAACAAUGAAACACAAGACAGAACUCAAGUCACUAAACUGAUAAAGAUGAUAGAAGAGAUGAAAACAACAAACCACGGUCGAUAUUUCACUAACAGCAUGUUUGAAGAGGCAGAGAUGAGCAUUAAAAAGAAAAUGGAGGAAAUACUGAAAGAGAGAGAAAUUCAGACUCAAAAAGAUGAAUUAAAAGUCAAACAUGAGAUUGAAAUGGAAAACACGAAGAAGAGAUUAGAGGAAGAGAAAAGAAAAGCAGACGAAGAAAGAGUGCAGAUGAAAAAUAAGUUUAAGGAGCAGGAAGAAACUCUGAGAAAAGAGUUUAAAGAGAAAAUAGCAGAAUUACAAAAGAAACAAGAGGAUGAGAUUAAAAAGAGAAAUUUAGAUGAUCAGAAGAGAAGUGAAGAAGAAGAGAGAGAGAAACAAGAAUGGGCGAGAAAAAUAAGAGAAGCUGAAAAUGACAGAAAAGAGACUCGAGAAGAAAUAAAACGACAACAGAGAGAAUGGGAGGAUGACAAGAAACGACAGAUGAGAGAGAGAGAAGAAGAUGAAAGAAAUAGAAAAGAGAGACAUGAGGAACAACUGAGAGAAAAACAAGAAGAACUGGAGAAAAUGAGAAAGAAAUUUGAGAAAAAGAAAGAAGAAGAGAUGUCACCACCGGGGGCUGGCUGUUCUAAACUAAAGCCACGCCCCUUUGCAACUCCCACCUCGAGGAGGUCCCCAAAGCCAACCCAAUGACCAGACAAACACGGGAACAGGUAAGUAAAAUUUAAAACAAGCUUUAUUUAGUUUAAAUAUUUAAAAGAACUGGGAAUUUGGGGUAAGGGGAAAUUAAAACUAAUAGGUCUCUUCUUCUCCCUCCAGGGAGACUGCAGCCACGGGCAGACAGGCCAAGGACAACAGGGGUGCCAACCACCAUAAGCCGGGGGAGAAAGGGAAACGUCAGGCUCCGGC